AUUACAGCGACAUCAGAAAUUCAAGACCAGCUCAGGAGAUUGCGGUUACCCACGGUGCCACGACGCCUGUAGCUAUGGUCAGUGCAUACAGCACGAUGCUGGACACGGUGCUCCACGCGCAAUGAGUCCGACGAAUGGAAGUGGGACUGAGGCAGAAACGGUUGAAUACCUUUUCGCUGCUGGCACUUACAAACUUCUUGCCUUCACCAUCGGAGCGAUCGGACUUUUCGGUUUCUGCAACAAUAUCAUUGUCAUUGCGCUGUACUACAAAUUUAAGAGACUCCGGACGCCCACGAAUUUGUUGCUGGUGAACAUAAGUAUAAGUGACUUGCUGGUUUCUGUUUUUGGGAUCAACUUUACCUUUGUUUCUUGCAUUAGGAGAGGGUGGAUUUGGAAUUCGGCAACAUGCAUCUGGGAUGGUUUCAGCAACAGUUUUUUUGGCAUCGUGUCCAUCAUGACAUUGUCUGCUCUGGCGUAUGAGCGCUACAUCCGGGUGGUGCACGCCAAAGUGGUUGACUUCCCCUGGGCCUGGAGAGCGAUCACGCACAUCUGGCUCUACUCACUGGCCUGGACGGGGGCGCCACUACUGGGAUGGAACCGCUACACGCUGGAGAUCCACGGUCUAGGUUGUUCCCUGGACUGGGCCUCCAAGGACCCCAACGAUGCCUCCUUCAUCCUCCUCUUCCUCAUGGGCUGCUUCUUCGUGCCGGUUGGGAUCAUGGUGUACUGCUACGGCAACAUCUUAUACACUGUGCGAAUGCUCCGGUCUAUCCAGGACCUUCAAACAGUCCAGAUCAUUAAAAUCCUUCGUUACGAGAAGAAAGUGGCUGUCAUGUUCCUGCUGAUGAUCUCCUGCUUCCUGAUCUGCUGGACCCCCUAUGCUGUGGUGUCCAUGCUCGAGGCCUUUGGCAAACAAAGCAUUGUUACGCCCACAGUUGCCAUAAUUCCCUCCUUUUUCGCUAAGUCUAGCACAGCUUACAACCCCGUCAUCUACAUCUUCAUGAGCAGAAAGUUCCGUCGGUGCCUGCUGCAGCUGCUGUGCGCCCGUCUGUCCCGGUUGCAGCGCAGCAUUAAGGACCGCCCCCUCGCCCACGUCGAGCGGCCCAUCCGCCCCAUCGUCGUGUCCGCACGCAGCAGUGUGGACCGGCCCAAGAAGAGGGUGACCUUCAGCUCUUCCUCCAUAGUCUUCAUCAUCGCCAGCAACGAUGACACCCACCACCUCGAUGUCACCUCCAAGAACAGCUCGUCUGAGGUUAACGUCAUCCAGGUACGGCCACUGUGACCCCCGCCCCACCACCCUGGGCCUGGCCUUUCGGUCUCCGUGGUUAUGGAGCAUCCCUUCUCCCCAGUAUAUCUCUGUGGUGCUUACUGCUCCAACAGGAUUUCAUUUCAAACCGUAUCAAAGCCAAAAUGCUCAAAAAAGGAAAUUUUCUUCUGCCGUUCCAAGCCUUAUGCAGAGCACCUUUCUGCCCCUCAGGAAACUAUUCAACUGACCAUGUCAGGCUAUACACACCAUCUGCACAAUAACGUAACCACCUCAGUAUAUGCAGAAAUUAAUACAGAGUCUUACCAGUAAUGACAGCCUAUCAUUUUGUAGUGAAAUAGACCUCAGUAUUUAAUGGCAUCUCUGGAAGUUACAGCUGAACUUGAACUGGAACAUGUACCUUUCACAGAGUUCUCUGAGUGCAUUGUGUGUCGUAGUGGAAAGUUGUGGUGAUGUAACCUCACACAGGACAAAACUGUAUGUUUCUGGAGAAGGGCUGCUGAAGGAUUAAAGGUGCUCCCGGAGUUUGGACAUGCCCAGUGGGCACUAGUGGAGACACCCGCAAGGACUGCAGCCACAUGCCCUGUGCAAUACCCUCCCAGUCAUGUACAGAAACAAUAAAGAAAUCCUAUUUUAAGGUACGGAUGUCACCUCUGUGAUUUAUUUUCUGUCAUGUUCUGUUAUAAAGACAACACUUGGAAAGAAAUGAAGCAAGGGCCAGUCUUUGUACAAAUACGUAUACGAAUAUACAGAAAUGACAGUAGCGUUGCAGGCUUUAGACCGGUUUUAGACAGAUUUUAGGCCAUCACCAUCUGGCCAGCAUGAUUAUACUAGUACCUCACCCUACAAAAUGAAGACAGUGUGUUGACCCUUACAAGAGUGCAAGAAGUGUAUCCAAAUAAUAUUGUGAUAUUCUCAUUUAAUGCUGAAAUAUUUUUAUUGAUUUCUUUUAAAUAUAUUUGUACAUUACUCAA